ACAUAAAGACAUACAUGUCGGGCCCUUUAUGCGGUGCUGAUCAUGGAGGUGACUCGUCGACAUGUGACUGACAGUAGCAAUGGCAUAAUGGUGCCUUCAGUGUAGCUCCUGUGUGAAAUGAUCAUUGAGUGCUCUUGGUGGACUGCGGCUACUUGUGUGUUAGCAAAGUGCUAUCACUUGCACGAGGUAUUAUGCCAGUGUAUGUGCUUGAAAUCCCUCUUGACUGAUCAUUUCAACGAGAUGGCCACACAAGCCCUUUAGGAAGUGGAUACGUGAGGUGCAUGGUCAUGCAGGAGCAGAAAGUCACUCACUGAAACUCUUACUAUUUUUGGUCGGCAUGGCUGUAACUCAAUGCCCCGGUCCUCAUGUUUGGGAUUAUAAAUAACCAGGUUCUCACCGGUGCAAUCGUUCCUGUUUACAUUUAGCUGGUGACGGUCGGGCGUGCAAAGGGGCGGAAGAGGGACGUCCGUUCUUUAAUGUGAGCGAUUGUUGAUUUAGCUGCGUGGUGCCUGACAAAAGCAACCUUUAGUGGAAUUGCUAUGGACCAGCAGCACCAGAACUUACUGAGUUCUUCACCGAACAGCCACGGGCUUCAGUACAACUCCUCGGAUACCAUGGCAACCUCCCUCACCGGUAUGACCAUCAAUGACCAUCACCAUGGCAACCAGUUCCAUAAGGAGAACGGGGUCGCCGUGGGCCAUAUGGGACCAGGGGAUUGUCCAAUGAAAGUGCGCAGCCUAGCGUUCCCCAGUCUGCAACCCUCACUAGUGCACACGUUUCCCCCCUUCGCCCUCUCUCUCACACCCCACAUCCAGUGGAAACUGCUCGUCAAAAACUGCUCGCACCCACCUCCAGAAACGAACGGCAUGUGUGUCGACAUCACAGACGACAUGGAGUCUGAGGAGCCUGUGUCAGAGAAGAAAAAGGAUGGGACUGAGCCUGUCUCUCAGCUAAAGGAAGCUCAGAGCGCCCCCUCUGGCCUGGAGGUGCCUGCUGCGGACUACCCAGCACCAACAGGAGAAGUGCUAGGAGAUGAGCUAGCGUCACCAUCUGUGGUCAUCGUGACUCAGAGCGCCCUCUCUGGUGUGGAGGGGGAACUCGCAGAGUAUCUAGAGCAAGAAGCAGAAGAGACAAAGUAUGAGCUAGCAUCCCCGUCUGACAUCAUUGAGAUUGAGUACGCCCUCUCUGGUGUGGAGGGGGAACUAGCGGACUACCCAGCACCAACAGGAGAAGUGCUAGGAGAUGAGCUAGCGUCACCAUCUGUGGUCAUCGUGACUCAGAGCGCCCUCUCUGGUGUGGAGGGGGAACUCGCAGAGUAUCUAGAGCAAGAAGCAGAAGAGACAAAGUAUGAGCUAGCAUCCCCGUCUGACAUCAUUGAGAUUGAGUACGCCCUCUCUGGUGUGGAGGGGGAACUAGUGGAGUCCCAGGAGCCCAUAUCAGAGGAAGCUGAAGAGGGACAUGUGUCAGUGUCUGAGCUCACUGAAGCUGAGAUCGCCCCCUCUGCAAGUGGAGGAACCAUGGCUGCCUCUACAACAGAGGAUCCCAGUGGCCGGGGACUCCUUGCUGGGGGCCUGAUGGCUUUUAGUAGCGCUGGAGCUGGGGAGAGAGGAGGGAGUCACACGGAGAGAGACUCAGCCUGUCCCCCACGAGUAGGGAUCAGGCUGGCCCCUUUGACCCACAGCUCUGCUGCGGAGCCAGGAUGCGAACGGGGUCCGACUGGCGCGGAGCGCUUUCCAAGCUGUGACGAGGAAGAGGAGGAGGAGGAUGAGGACAUGUUGAGGAGCAGCUGGCCGGCGGGGCCCGCUCACCCGCUGCACCGCCCGCUCUCCCUCAGCCCCGACCGCGCCCGCAGCCUCUCCCUGGAGAGCGAGCCGCCCUCGUCCUUCCUGGUGCGCAGCGCCGCCCUGGAGGACCUGACGGCGUUUGACGAGAGACAGCGCCCCCUGGAGGUGGAGGAGCUCCGGGGUGCCUGCGCCGCCGCCGCCGCCAUCUCCGGUGUCAACGAGGGCCAGCUCUUUGGUUACGGGGAGCAGAACGCAGCAUAUGGGGGACGUCAGAUCUCCCCUGAGAGGGAGAGGAGAUCAGCACCUAAUCCAUCCGGAAGUCCCUCGGUGAGUGCCAGCUCCGGCUUGGGAAGGACCCCCCAGCUGGACGGGAACUCUGGAAGCCCUUUGGGGAAACAGCUGCAGGGGAAAGGUCCCGUUUUCCCAUCCCCACCGCCCAGCACAGACUCCUCCCCACUGGGGCCAGCGGAGCGAGAGAAUGCGGUUCAGAGACCUCAUGGAGAUGAUGGUGGACAAAGCUUCCACUCAGCCGCCGGCCCCCUGCACUCAGACUCCAGUGACCCUCAUGGGAAGGGGAUGCCAGUCGGUAAGGGUGGUGAUGCUAAGGGCUCUGAGAAGAAAGAAAAUGGAGCUUCUUCUCCACUCCUGGAGAGAGUGUCGCAAAGCUCCCCGGCCAGAAAAUCAUACGUUCCGGUCGCUCAGUUCAAAGCUCAACCCAAGGCUGACAGCGACGCUGACAAACGGGCUCCUGGCGCGAGGCCCCAUGCUGCAGGCACUAAGAUCCCAGCCAUGGCACCAACUCAGUCGGUCAAUGGCAAAGCUGCUGCUGCCAAAGGUGGCAAAGACUCCCCCAAGACCCCCGAAGUGAGUGGGCACUCCAGCCCCGGCGACCCCAAAUCCCCCGCCAGCAAAGCCCUGGGCACCAAGUCACCCGCCUCCACUGGCAAGGAGAUUAAGAAGGUGGCCGUGAUCCGCUCCACACCCAAAUCCCCCGGCUCACUCAAGAACCGCUCGCCCGCCCCCCUGGCUGCCGCCGCCCCGCUGCCUGACCUCAAGGGGGUCAAGUCCAAGAUUGGCUCCACGGCCAACCUCAAGCACCAGCCCGGCGGAGGACAGGUACAGAUAUUUUAUCAGAAGUUGGACUUUACUAAUGUCCAGUCAAAGUGCGGCUCCAAAGACUAUGCCAGACAUGUACCGGGAGGUGGAAAUGUGCAAAUUCUCGAUAAGAAGUUGGACUUCACUAAUGUCCAGGCUAAGUGUGGAUCCAAAGCCAAUAUGAGACAUGUGCCAGGAGGUGGAAAUAUCCAAAUUCUUGAUCAGAAGGUGGACUUCAGCGCUGUCCAGGCCAGGUGUGACUCCAAGGCCAACCUCAAGCAUACUCCAGGAGGUGGCAGAGUACAAGUUCUUGAUAAGAAGAUGGACUUCAGUAAUGUCCAGUCAAAGUGCGGCUCCAAAGUCAAUAUGAGACAUGUACCGGGAGGUGGAAAUGUUCAAAUUGUUGAGCAGAAGUUGGACUUAACUAGUGUGCAGUCUAGGUGUGGAUCCAAAGACAAUAUCAAGCAUGUGGCAGGAGGUGGAAAUGUUCAAAUUGUCCACAAGAAGAUUGAUUUGAGCAACGUGCAGGCAAAGUGCGGCUCUAAGGACAACAUGAACCACAGGCCAGGAGGAGGAUCGAGGAGGAUUGAGUCGCACAAGCUGACCUUCCGCGAGACGGCGAAGGCCCGCACCGACCACGGCGCCGAGAUAGUCUCCCUGGAUGAAUCGCCCAACGACCUCAGCCACGUUUCCUCAUCCGGUAGCAUCAACAUGGCCGACUCGCCACAGCUCUCCACCCUGGCCGACCAGGUGUCGGAAUCCCUUGCCAAGCAGGGUUUGUGAUCACAUAGCCACAACCACACAGAUACACAUUCUGUCUCUCUCACACACAUACACAUUCUCUCUCUCACACACAUACACAAACGUGACAAGUUGUCAACCAAGGAUCUCAACUCCCUGCUCUACAGCAACGUUCCGGUAGAAUAGCGAAAAAAAGAGAAAAAAAGAAAGUCCUCUCUGAUGUUACCCAUCAUCCCUUUCUCACGUGGGGAUUAAAAAAGAGAAAAAAACACUGUAGUUCUGAGAUUUCUUACCGCGUAGCCCUCGGCUCUCACUGUUGAUUUUUCUUAACCUUUGGUAUUUACAUGACGACCAAUGAAAGUGUUCUAAUCCUCAUGUUCACAUCUUAAAAGAUCAAACUUUGUUUUUUCCACUUCCUUUUCACUGACUGUGGGAAUUGGUCAUUGAGUUAUUAUAGGAAAUAAUGUAAAAUUAUACAAAAAAAAAGAUUCAGAGAGAUUCAGAAGGGAUCAUUUUCCUCGAGAUCCCUUUGUAGCCACAUAUCUUACCACUGCAUUUUUAUGGCAUAGAUGUCCAUUUUCUAGGCCCUGUAGAGUUUUACACUGUCAGCCUUUUCUUUGAGAUGUUGUUGUUGUGGAGAUGUUCUUGGGAUGAUCUGAAGUGGCAUAUUCAACAGAAUUUACUUGUGGUGUGAAUAUAUAACAGAAAGGGACGCAUAACCGUGGGGAAAGAGAGGACACCUGAUUAUUCCGAUAUUACAUAUGAGGUUUGAGGUUAUUUGGGGAAUUGUUUAACUAUGAGGCUUAUGGCACCGAUUCUAGAUAGAUACUUAGUCUAACAAGAGGCACACACAAAAUGGCAGCAUUAUAUUGCAGCGUUUGAGGACUAGGCUACUUUGUGUUAUCCCUUUAAGAUAUUAAGCCGAAGUUACAAAUUAAAACACAGUUACAGGGUAUCAGUAAUUGGUAAAUGUUGGUGAGACCUUGUUGAUGUCUAUUCAAGAUGAUCAGAGAUUCAGAACAGUGAGGUAAUUUCGUCUUACUAUCUCCUGCAUAAGAAAACAAGGACAAAAAAAACAAACAAAACAUAACUGAGACCCAGAGUGCUUGGUGUAGA